AUGCCUAGAUUUUUCACAGGAGACGUGCUCGGUGCUUUGAAGGCUAUCAACUACACUCAGGGAUAUGAUUCGAAGGAAUGGAAGGCUCAAUCGACAACACUUCUGUCGGGCGCGGUGGAAGAGAAGCCGAAUCCUAUCCAAAAACUAGCCAUUUCUCGGGUCGACUCGAAACCCCUGAUAGCCGCUGCGCACAGUGAUGGAUUUGUAUACGUGCGAACUGUCGACUCCACUGCCGUGUCUGCUGAGCCUCUACACGAGUGGAUAGAAACUCGGCUGAAGCCCGAACAACGUUAUAUCGGGCUUGGGAUAUCGGGACGGCGUGUGUUCUCCUGCACAUCCAAUGGCGCCCUCCGGUCAACCGUACUUCCUCACGAAGACGUUGGUGCCAGCACCCAUACCGCCGCGCUUCCCAUGAGAUUGUUUGACUGGCGCAUGUCAUCAAAUGCCGAAACGUUUGCAUAUGGCGGCGACGAGGUGGAACUAUCAGUAUGGAGCACCGAGACAGCCUUUACACUUCGAGACGAAGCAAGCAACAGCAACGAGACAAGAAAGAGAAAUCGAGGAGAGCAGCUCUUACCCGGAGAAGUCUGGAGAGCCAAAAAUGUGCCUAACGACGGCCUGAGCCUACGUCAGCCCGUCCAUAUUACCGCUCUUACCUAUCUUCAUCCUUCUCUCUCGGCUUCCCAUCACCAUCUACUUACUGGAACGCAAGCCGGAAAUGUUCGCCGCUACGACACACGAGCCGCGAGGCGGCCGGUUGCCGAUUGGAAAGGGCUCGGGAAGGUCGGCGGUGUUAGCAUCGUCGAAAAGGGGCUGUCUGAGAACGAGGUUUUUGUGGCAGACCGUGCAUGUAAUCUCUUUGCAUUGGACAUGCGAAACGGACGCGUCGUUUAUGGCUAUAAAGGUCUUGCUGGCGCCAUAACAUCGAUAGCGCCGUCGCCUUCACUCCUUGCCUCUGUAUCGCAGGACCGAUUCCUACGCCUUCAUAGUACAUUGGCUCCGCCAUCACAAGCAGGUGCACAACAGGAACACAAAGGGGAUGUAUUAGACAAGCUCUACAUGAAGACGAUACCUACAGUGGUCAUAUGGGAUCAAGCUGCGGAAGGCCUUCAAGUUCAACCUCCGGCCAACUACCGCGACGACGACGAGAAUGAAGCUGACGAUGAUAUGUGGGAUAAUAUGGAGAACGUUGGUGACAAGAAGGGGCGGAGAUGAUCGCCGGAGCAAAAAGAAGCAGGAUCGCGGAAUAGCUGGUAGUCCCAUCACAUUGCCGCAUUCGCUGUCGAUGGUAGAGUUGAGUAGGUCAUGGGACAAAAUAUCGCUAGUAGACUCAUUGUCAGAGUCGGAGCGUUCGAAGGGGCAAUUUAUGCGACUAAGAAUUGCGAUAAUAUUGCCAUCCUACCCAGUUGGCAAUCACGAAAUAUGACGUAGUCGGUAUGAGAAGUAUGAAGAAGUACUUGUAAUAAACGUCUUGAGC